GGAGGAUGAGUUUAUAACAUAUACUGAAAGGAGGAGGCAUCUUUGAGUGGGACGACCACGCCCCGGUCCGGCCGUGCAAGUGCAGCAGGCUAAGCUAGCUUGGACUCUGUACAUCCGGGCAAUUUGCGCCGUUGACAACCCUGCGAAGAUGGCGACUACUGGGAGGAGUGCAUUAUUAUCCUCCACCUUAACUGGAUCAAAGAGCGCACUGGAGAGCUGCAACGCGGAGGAGGAUGACGGGCAGAACUUGUGGUCGACAAUCCUGAGCGAAGUGUCAACCCAUUCAAGAUCAAAACUACCGUCUGGCAAAAAUGUCCUGGUGAUGGGAGAGGUUGGCUCAGGGAAGACCACCUUGGUUGCCAAACUACAAGGAGUUGAAGAGUACAUGAAAGGGCGAGGCCUAGAAUACCUCUACAUCAGUGUCCAUGAUGACGACAUUGAUGACCACACAAGGUGUAAUGCCUGGGUGUUAGACGGAGACCUUUACCACAAAGGUCUACAGGGAGUAGCGGUACCGGUGGAUGCAAUCAGCAACACGUUGCUGCUGAUAACGGUUGACAUGUCGCGGCCAUGGAACGCCCUGGACUCGCUCCAGAAGUGGGCCGCCGUCGCUAGGGAACACGUCGACAAACUGCGGGUCCCCCCGGAAACGCUGCGGGAGCUGGAGCACAGACUUGUAAAGCAGUUCCAGGAGUACACAGAGCCCGGCAGUGGGGAGGAUGGCACCCCACAGAGGAGAGGCGAUGAGGAGGAGAGUGUGUUGCUGCCAUUAGGAGACAACACACUCACACACAACCUGGGCAUACCAAUGGUAGUGGUCUGCACCAAGUGUGAUGCCAUCAGCACUUUGGAGAAGGAGCACGACUACAGAGACGAACACCUGGACUUUAUCCAGUCUUAUAUCAGACAGUUUUGUCUGCAGUAUGGAGCGUCUCUUAUUUACACAUCAGUGAAGGAGAUGAAGAACCUGGAUGUGCUAUAUAAAUAUCUGGUCCACAGACUUUACGGCUUUCCGUUCCAUUGCCCUGCACAAGUGGUGGAAAGAGAUGCAGUCUUCAUUCCCUCAGGUUGGGACAAUGAAAAGAAGAUUGCAAUACUUCAUGAGAACUUCCAGACAAUAAAGGCAGAUGACGGGUUUGAGGAUGUAAUUGUCAAACCACCAGUCAGAAAGGUUGUACAUGAAAAAGAAAUUCAAGCUGAAGAUGACCAAGUCUUUCUGGUCAAACUACAGUCACUGCUUGCCAAACAGCCUGCUGUUACCGUAGGCCGACCUGUGGACACAACAACCAGAGCACCCACUGGUUCCCCUAGGACGAGCAAUCGUUCAGCAGCGGCCAAUGUCACCAACGCCAUGCCGCAGUCGGGUCAACCCAAUGAGGGUGUCUUGGCCAACUUCUUCAACAGUCUACUGACAAAGAAAGCAGGGACGGGAGGACCUGGGACGCCGGGUGGCGGGAACAACACUCCAGGGACCGUACGCAAGUCAGGCUCCAAGCUGGGCCUGAGUGAUGUGCAGGCAGAGCUGGACCGCAUAUCCAACCGGGAGACGGACUUGGACUUGCCCAAUGCCAAUGAGACCCCUGCCACUGAUGGCCAAGACACAUGAAUACCAACACUCUUCAUCCCCCCUGCUCUUCUUCUUUCGUCCUGCACCUCAGUCACCCUCCGCCUCUUUUGCCCUCCCUCCCUCUGCUCUGUCACACGGCUAUGCAAGGGAACAACGAGGGAAGUAGGGGAAAAGAAAAGGUGGAUACCUAGUUUUCUCUCCCUGUUAUCUUUCAUCUUCCACAAGGAGAGUUCUUCUCUUCCCCUCAUGCCUUCAUCCAAAACCUGCCCCCAUCCUUCCAAUCCCACCUACCUUUUUCUUUCCUGGCUGUUACACUGAGGAUUUGUCACUGUUGCAUACAAGAGUGGGUAUGAGGGACCAAUGUGGGAGGUGUAGGCUGGAAUGAUGUUUGUGAAUAUCUGCAUCGCAAGGGUGGAAGCGGAAGGUGUUUUAUCCAUCCAUCCAUCUAUUAAUUGUGAUGGUUCUGUUACAUGUUUUUUUUUUAAUGCUAGAAACUGCUGAAGGACACAUGUUGAAGAAACUGCACUUAGAUACGCUGGAUGUUUGGCCAAUGGUUUAAGGUGGAGGAAGAGAUUCAGAACAAAAAAAUGUAUGCCUGAAACAAUAGUAUUUUUUUUUUUUUAAGAAGGGACAAACAUACUUGUGUGUGUGCGUGUGAAUGUGUGUGUAUGAGAGAAUGAGACUGAAAAUGAAGGAUGUCAGUGCAACCUUUGUGUAUGUUGAAAGGAUUUCUGGCUAUUUACAAACCAAAAAGCAAAAAAUGUGACUAUGCUUUUGACACUACACUCUUUGAAAUACACUAUCCCACAGACUAAACAUGAAAAUAUGGCAGACCUCACUGUCUAGCACACUUGACGUUUGGCCAAACUCCCCUCAAGAUACAUAGCGCUCACACAGGCAGCGCACCGCAUUAGGCGGGUGAGCUUUACUUGUACAUAACGACACAACACUGAUUCCAUACUUGCUGCGGGCAGGGGGUCAAAGUAUGAUGGGGUCAUAUCAAGAAUGUACAGCCAUUGUCUCGCUGAUUGGUCCUGUUAUUUCAGAGCUCUGUGUUGGCGUUUGUAUAAUCAGAUCUGUUAAUCAGUCAAAUAAAAGGUGUAUUUA